AUGGAGGAUGGUUCAAUAAUUCCACGUUUUCUUCCGUUAAAUACUGCCUUGUUUUUUGGGCUGUGUGCGAGCUUGCAUUGAUGAUUCUUCUUUCGGCGUUGAUUUUUCGAAGCUCGGUGAUGAUUUUUGGCAAACAAAUGGUGGUAUACCAAUCCGCAGUAACAGUUACUUGCUCAUUAAGAGGAAUUGUUGUAAUACACACAUGUCGCGACCAUCUUUUUCGAAACACUUCGAGAACGGAUGAGUUUUGUUGGCUUUCCUUCACUUUGGAACCCAGAAACAGCCGACUGUCGUUUAUUUUCUGUUUCAUAACAGUAAAUAAACGAUUCAUCACCACUAACACUGCUGUUCACAUUUUUUGAGUUUCCGGAAUUGAAACGGUCAAGCGUUUUUUGACACCAAUUCACCCUGGCUGCCUUCUGCUGUUCAGUCAACAGGUGGGGUAUC